AUGGCUGGAUAUGAACUACCAAAAUUUCAUGGUCGGGCUGGAGAAGACCCAGAAGUUUUUCUUACUGAUUUUCAACGAUGGUGUGAGACUGCUAAUUAUGAUCCAAAUGCUGGACAUAAUAUGCGAAUGAGAAUUCAUGGUAUUUUUGAAACUUGCUUAUUGGGUGACUCAAAAGACUGGUAUGAAACCAAUGUCAAAGGUAAAAACUGGGAAUUAGAAAAUAUUAGUGAUAAUUGUGGUGCCCAUGCAGAUCUUAAUGCUCUUAAUGGAUUGUCUAAGAAUGAAAUACGUGCUAUUAAUGCUAAUCAGUUUAGAGGCGGAGCUCUUCAAAUUCGAAAUACUGCACCAGCUGAUGGAAAUCAACCUGCUAUACCACUAGUUCCGUCCCACACUGUAUGGCAUGAAGACUGGCUGACAUCAGGUGGACGACCAACAGACUUGGCUCCAAAUGCUCCCAAUGCCAAUGUAGGAGGUAAUGUUAUAGCUCCAAAUAUUUUUAUUGGCCAAGUAAUUGAUUAUUUUAGGCGUGCAUAUCCCACAGUUACAGCUGAAAAAACGCAAUUGGUAUUCACUACCCUUGCUCAAGGCUCCGAUCCUGUAGGCCGUUUCUAUGCAAACUUAAAAAGAAUGGUUAAACUGGCCUACCCAACACUCCCAGCAUUAAAUCAGGAAGCAAUGGUUAGACAACAAUUCUUUCAGGGUCUUUCUCCUGAUAACAAAUUAGAAGUAAGACGUAUCGGUCUCGAAUACCCAAUUUCUGUUUUACUACCAAAAUUAGAAGAAAUUGAAAGACAGAAGGCUGAAAUGAUGUUGGGUAAGUAUAAUCCUGAAUCCCACCCUGUUAUUUCUCGUUCACAAUCUAAAGCUAAUACAAAAGAUAAUUAUUCAAGCAAUAUGGGUAUGAGUAGAGAUGAAACGGAAAGCUUUGUAAAAUCUAUUAUAGCUUCAUCGCAAUCUCAACCUGUUUCUACGCAAUCAACUUCCCAAAGACGAGAAGGACAAUUAUUACGACCCAGUCAAAUGGAACCAGGUAAAAUAUAUCGAGAUCCACUUUUACGCUUGAAUGAUCAAGAAUGGCUUCGAAUAGACGAUGCAACAGAUCGUCUUAGUGCUUUAGCAGGUCCAUCUUAUCUACAAACUUUCAUGGAUACAAUUAGUAAAGGAGGUAUGUCAGAAUUAUCAAUAAAUAAGGCUAUAGCCAAAGGUAUUGAAGCAGGCGUCAACGCUGUUAUUAAAUCAUCCAAAAACCGUUGUUCAAAUUGUAAUAGAACUGGACAUAAUUCUCGCAAGUGUACUCGUAAGAAAAGGUCCAAGAGUAGAUCCAAAAAGAGAGGCAGUGUUAAUAAGGUUGCUGUAGAUUCGGGUUCAGAUACAAACUCUUCCAAUAAUGAUUCUUCAGAUAAUAACUCCGAUUCUGGGGAUUCCUCGUCUGAAGUUGAAUCUGAUCAUAGUUUUGAUGAAUCCAAACCUCGCAAGACAAAACAAAAAAAUACUCCUGCUUCUGGUAGACUCAAAGAGUCAUUGCAAAGCAAUAAAUCAACUGUUAUUGAUAAAUCACUUCAAAGAGUUAUACUAGAUAUGCUUGAUGGUAUCGUACCUAUAGAUUGGAUUGAGAAACUUAAAGCUAAGAUUGAGAACCCAUCUGAUAUACUCCCAUCUAUCAAAAAAUCGAAUUUUACAGAUUAUCGAGAACCGGUUCCAGCAAUACCCGAUUCAGAGGAAGAAGAAACAUUAGAUGAUCCUAUGGAGAUAGACUUCGUUAUAAAGAAAGAACCUACUACAACUAUCGCAACUAUACCAUGUAAGAUUAAGCGUCUGAAAAUUCCAGCAAUGACAUUAGAUUCGGCCGCCCAACCCGCGAUUGUAACAGACGACAUUGUUAAACAUGUGGGCGGGAAGAUUGAUAAAUCAGAGAUAUAUGAUCUCAGUGGUAUUGCUACAGUUCCAACUGAAUCCAUUGGUGUCAUCCGUAAUUUACCAAUAACAUUCCCUCCAGGUUUUACUAUAUAUGAAGAUUUUGUAGUUGUGAAAUAUAAAAAGCCAACAUUAAUAUUUUCGAAUCCACUUCUCAAGAAAUACAAAUGUGCUAUAGAUUGGGCCAAAGAUGAGUUAAAAAUUCCUUUUAAUGGAAAGGAUCAUAUUAUUCCUGUAACUAUGCACAAUGUCAAAAAUAAUCUUGAAGUAAAUUGCGCUACCGCAUCUCAGAAUGAUAAGUCUUUGGUAUCCAAUCAAAUUUCUCAAGAGACGGAUAGUGAUAAGGAUGACAAUAUAACAUUGGAGGAAUGGCAUGCUCCUGCGCAAAUGUAUGAUGCAACAAAAAUUAUCACUAAUCUUAAUACUCUUGUUUAUCACUACAUUGGAUUACCUGGUAAAGAAAAUAGAGAGUAG